AUGGGGAGUGAAAAUGAUGAGGCGGGACUCAGUGAAAAACAUGUUGAGCCAGUGAAGAGUGUGCCAGGAGAAGCACUAAUCAACGCCUGCGCGACUGUUGAAGUAUCUCCCGAGCCGUCAGUCGAAGCUGCACAACCCCUGACGGCUUCAACCCAAAAAGAGUCAUUUGAACUCGUUGGAAGGGCCACUGCUGGUCUUUUAGCAGCUGCAUACUGUUCUCAAGACCCGAAAGUGAUCCACAAACUCGCUGAGGCGCUGAACCUAACAGGGGACCCUUUACUCGUAGGCAGCGAAUUUGCAGAUAGCCCAGCGGAAGGUCGAAAAAACGACAUUACAGAUUCUUCAACAUCUACACCCCAACCGGAAGCAGAAGAAGAAAGCUUUGUCUCGAGCCACGAUCAAGAACUUGCCUGUAACAGCUCAUUCUGUUUACAGCGUGUUCCGCUGGGUUCUGUCUUGUUUUCCGGAAGUCUGACAAUCAGCCAACAGGGUUCUCUGAGUGUGCUUGGGCCAGGCAAGAACACACAUUCGCUCAGAAUUUGUCUUCGUCUCCUACUGUUUUCUCAGUGGCUGCCCUGUCUCCCCGUGUCCCGGCUAGAAACUGCUGCAUGCCAAGUUACUGCAGGACUUCGCCACGGCGUCGGCACAUUCACUUCGGCAGAUGGGAAGUUCACCUACGAAGGAGAAUGGUAUCAAGGGGUGCGCAGUGGCUGGGGUGUCCUGAGCAGCGCUGACGGAAGCAGAUACAGCGGUGAAUGGGUUGCUGGCCGUCGUCACGGAUUCGGGGAGCAGGUCUUUGCGGACGGUAGCAGAUACGAGGGACAGUGGGUGGACGGGCUGCAAGAAGGGCAGGGGCUGAUGGUCUGGAAGGAGCCCUCAGUGCAGUAUGUUGGAGAGUGGAGACAGGGCACUGUCUCAGGAUGGGGUCGCCAAACGUGGAUCGAAGCUCCUGACUUCGACGGCGGAGGGGCCUGGACCGUCGGGCGCAACUUGCAGCAAAACCAAUAUGAAGGGCAAUUCCGGACGAAGGCUUUGAAUGGAGCCACUUCCCGAGGUCGAAUUGAACUUUCAGGCCUAUUUGUUUACGACCGGAUGGCGGAAGCACCGCCCAAUAUUCUUGAUGAUCCUGUACGAGCUCUUGUCGACCUGUCCACUGCGCAGCAGGCCGAGGUCUACAGGCACCUGGAGGAGUACAACGGGCAAAGCCUUUGGAAUCAAGCCCCGGCAUGCGAGCGUCUGGCUGCAAGAACGAUACGCAGUGUCUACCGGACUAUGUUGAGCUCCGGAAGUGACAAGAACUUUCAACGCGCUCGACGGCUUUCCGGUGGGACGCCGGCAACAUUGACAGUUAUAGAGAAAGAAAGGAGGCGCAGUUCGCAAAGCAUAGACUUCCGGUUAACUGAUCUUGCAGCAGGCGCACAAGGUUCACCGCGUACAGCAAUACCUACUCCAGCACCACAACCUGCAACACUGUGGGAAGCGCAAGAUGAAGCACAAGCCACCACAGCCUAUGCAGCAUCUACACUAAAGGCUGAUCAACAGCAGGACCCUGAAAAUCAUUUUCCUGAGGGUGCAGCCGCUCCUGGCAUGGCCAUGAGCACUCCGGAGACCCCAAAACAAACUCUGGGCAGGUCUCAUAAGGCACGGUCAUCCGCUUAUGCAGCUAUUGCUGAAGACUCCCUCCGCCUCCACCGCAGGCCCGUGUUAUUCACUGCGUUCUUAAGGGCUCUAGUUUUGCUGCUGCAGAUACGCCUGCGUAGCCUCCGACGAGAAAACAGAAAUAAUUCAGCUCGUGGCUCAGAGGCUUCAUCUCCUGGGGCUGUCUUUGAGGGCCUCGAUUUAGAUGACCCCAACUGCUUGAGUCUUGCUUGGAUAGCGCUGUGCCGUAAACUCCGGAUUUUCAGUGAUACCCUUGAGAGGCAGAUACAGAAUGAGUUCAGAGGAGCCUCUCACAAUAAUAAAGACCCACAGAAGGAAUAUGAGAAUCAGGCAACUGGAAAAAGCACCCAACAAGCAGAUUCCGGUGGUUCUGGGUCAAGCAGCUUUAGUAGACAGUCUAGUGAGCAGUCCCAUCUGAAAGAAGGCGUGCCUCCGCAACCACCACUUCGAAGGGAAGGCUCGCUGUCUCAGCAGCUGAAAGGAUCCCCCUCAGGACAGGGGAGAAUGAAGCCGUCCAUUAACAGGCAACCGUCAGGAACGGCGUCAACGAGUACCAGGAAGACCCCAGACGCUGCUCGCUGGGUAACUGCCACGGGGGGUGCUGCAGACGACAGUCGACCACAAGACAUAUCUCAAAGCCAAGGCGGCAGUCGUGAAGAAAGCUUUGUGCUUGCGGGAGAAGUCGACGAAAUAGCUGCCUGUGCAGGCCGUCAUGUGGAAGUGUUCCGCCAGGCUGCUUUCGCAGAAAAGUCCUGCAUCCUCGAUGACGCACUCCACAAAGCCUUGUUCUCCAGCUCCCGACAACAGCCCGACUCAAGUAGGCCAGCAUUUUAUUUUGCGUUUUCUCCUGAAACUCAGCUGUAUUCACAACACAUGUUAGAGACUCCGCCAGUGUGCUGA